AAGAAAUACCCAGGCAGCCACCUUGAACUCGUAAGAUUUGCCUGAUCGAAAAGGCGGUGGGGCCCAGGCGUACCUUUGAUCUGAUAAGAAAUGACUCAACUAACUAGAUACACUUUCCCAUAUACUCCUCCAAAACUCGUUUACCGCGUAGGAAGCUGCAAAUCAUUGGCUUUAGGAAUUUCUUGAUACUACCUUGAUCUAUCUUCAGACAUCACGCCCUACCCUGUGACCUCGCCAUCAUCGCUGUGAUCUCACCCUCGCCGCCACAAUGCGCCCCCCGCUCCGGAUUGCCAUUCUUGAAUGUGACACUCCAGUAGAAAGCGUGGACAAAAGGUACAAUGGCUAUUACGGGCUAUUCACUCAACUUUUCCGCGAAUGCGCCAAGUCCCUGGGAUUAGAUCCCGAAACUGGCCUUGAUAUUACUCGGUGGGACGUUGUGCAUGCGCAAGAGUACCCUAAGUUGGAGGAUAUAGAUGCGAUCGUGCAGACAGGAUCCAAACAUGACUCUUUCGAAAACGACCCCUGGAUUCUUAAACUAGUCGAAUACACUAAGAAAGCCCUUGAAGACCACCGUGUAAAAGUCCUCGGCAUCUGCUUCGGACACCAGAUCAUCGGCCGCGCACUUGGCGUCAAAGUCGGCCGCGGCAAUGCCGGCUGGGAGCUUGCCGUCUGCGACAUGGACCUGACAGAUCAAGGGAAGAAACUCUUCGGAAAGGAUAAACUGCGCAUCCACCAAAUGCACCGCGACAUCGUCUUCAACUGUCCCACGAACGUGAUUCCACUCGGUUCCUCACCCAACUGCGCCGUACAGGGCAUGUUCCUGCCGGGCAAAUUUAUCACAGUCCAGGGUCAUCCGGAAUACAACGGGUUUAUCGUUAGCGAGAUCGUCAACAAACGGGCCCGAGCUGGCAUUUUCCCGAAAGAGCAGAGUGAUGAUGCAUUGGCGAGGGUGGACCUGGCGCAUGAUGGGUUCGAUAUUUUGGUCGUUUUCUUGCGGUUCUUGCUUGGGGAGGUGGAGUAGAUACCCGUCUGCUGGAAUCAACUGCUGGACGGCUGGACUGUGGCAUAGGUUCCUUUUCACCUAGACUUCUCUAUAGAGAUGGAAUAUAGAGAAGAUGAAUG